UGUGAUGAUUGAAGGAAGGCGAUGGUCUAUCAGUUUGGUAUACGGAUCAGUGGAUCUGCGCAAAUGCUCUACAGCAGAAGUAGCGCUGGGUAACGUAUUGGCGUGACUGCAAGUGCUAUGGCCGCUUUAGCUAAAGCAAUGUCGAAGUUCCGCCUGGCUGUGGUGCAGCUGCACGUAUCAAAGGUCAAGGCGGACAACCUGAACAGAGUGCGGAAACUGGUGAAGGAGGCGGCAGAUAAGGGAGCCAAAAUGGUGGUUCUGCCUGAGUGUUUCAACUCCCCGUACGGGACCAGCUUUUUCCCGGAGUACGCAGAGAAGAUCCCUGGGGAGUCCACACAGCUCCUGUCUGAAGCAGCCAAGGAGAACGCAGUGUACCUGGUGGGGGGUUCCAUCCCAGAGGAAGACGGGGGGAAGUUGUAUAACACCUGUCCGGUUUUUGGGCCGGACGGUACUCUGCUUCUCAAACACAGGAAGAUUCAUCUCUUUGAUAUCGACGUUCCUGGGAAAAUCCGCUUCCAGGAGUCAGAGACACUCAGUCCAGGAAGCAGCUUUUCUGUAUUCGACACACCUUUCUGUAAGGUGGGCGUAGGGAUCUGCUAUGACAUGCGCUUUGCGGAGCUGGCCCAGAUCUACACAAAGAGAGGGUGUCAGCUGUUGGUUUACCCCGGAGCAUUCAAUAUGACCACUGGACCAGCCCACUGGGAACUGCUGCAGAGAGGGAGGGCAGUGGAUAACCAGGUCUAUGUGGCCACAGCUUCUCCAGCCCGCGACGAAACCGCCUCCUACGUGGCCUGGGGUCACAGCAGCGUGGUCAGCCCCUGGGGUGAGGUGGUCGCUCAAGCUGGCUCAGAGGAGACUGUAGUGUACGCUGAUAUUGACCUGCAGUACCUGUCGGACGUGCGCCAGCAGAUCCCCAUCUCCUCCCAGAGCCGCGGCGACCUGUACGGUGUGAGUGAGGCACAGCAGGGGGGCAUUGGGUCUGGACCACAGCGUACCUGAGCAGGAGGGGGGGUUGGGUCUGGACCACAGUGUACCUGAGUGCCAGGUGUGACCACAGCCAGGCCCUCCCCUUUCCUGCAGACGCACCCCGGAUUUACAGCAUUACUGUGGGGCAAGGCCUCCCGCACUCCUAAACAGAACUGGGGGCGGGGGGGCAGGGGGGGUGUGUGUUUGAAUAGUGAUGAACAUGCAUUUGGUCCCGGUGCCUUAACUUUGUUUCCUUGUCAAAACUGAACUGUCUAAAGCUGUUUUGUGAUCACAUUUGCAACCCUUGCCCAAAAAGAAAAACAAAAUGGAUAAAGAGAUACAGCCGUCACAUCUCCA